AAAACCUCCCACCCCAAACUCAGUGGAGUUCUGGCUUUCAUCUGUGCCAACUUACAAGUGAAAUGAAGCUGUGAACACUAACAUAGAUUUGCGAAUGAAAUGAAAGCGACAAUGUAUCGGAAAUCCGCAACCCAAUUAUCUCGUUUGAUUCUCAAUCAGCUCCGGCCGAUCAGCACGUCAUCGUCAUCUGCAGUGGGAACGUCAAAUCCAGCUGUUGUGCUGCGGCCAUUAUUGCCGUCUCCGUCGCAUUUUCUGCCGGCUCCGCGCUUCCUCUCUUCGGCCUCCUAUCGGGAGAGGCAGUGGGAGGGAAAGUUUGACGACUUGUUCUCCCAGGAACGGAGCGAAUUGCUGAAGGAGAAGGAGGAGAGGAUAAAGCAGGGAUUGGACACCGCAGACCUCGAUGCUCGAGCCGCGGAGCUCGACAAGCGAGAGGAGAAUCAGAAGAAGGAGUCUGCCGCCGCCUACGAGGAGCCCACGGACUCCGAUUCGGAUGAUGAAGAUGAACGUUGGGGCACUGAUGCCCUACGGAAACGAUGGGAUGUAUUCGAGAAGAAGUUCGAGCGCCAUGAACAGCUCCUUAAAAAUUUCACUAAUGCUGAGACUCUUGAUGAAGCACACAAAUGGAUGAGUAGAAUUGAUAAGUUUGAGCAAAAGCACUUCCCUCUUAGAUCAGAGUACCGAGUGAUUGGUGAGCUGAUGAACCGCCUGAAAGUGGCUGAGGGUAAGGAAAAAUUUCUCCUCCAACUGAAGAUAAAUCGGGCCCUUAGGAUGGUGCAAUGGAAGGAAGCCUGUGAUCCAAAUGAUCCAGCCAAUUUUGGAGUCAUUCAACGUGAGCAGGCUCCAUCUGUUGAUGCUUCUGAGCGUGCUGAGCUUGAGGAAGAGCAGACAACUCAAGUAGUAGAAAAUGACAGUGAUGAUGACUUAGAGUUUGAUGACAUGAAAGAAAGGGAUGAUAUAUUGUUGGAGAAACUUAAUGCCAUUGAUAGGAAACUUGAAACGAAGUUGGCUGAAUUGGAACACACCUUUGGGAGGAAGGGGAAGCUCCUCGAGGAGGAAAUUAGAGACCUUGCUGAAGAGAGGAACUCUUUGACUGAGAAGAAGAGAAAGCCUCUUUACCGAAAAGGAUUUGAUGCGAGACUGGUUGAUGUCAAUAGGACUUGUAAGGUUACAAAGGGGGGACAAGUUGUCAAGUACACUGCUUUGCUAGCCUGUGGGAACUAUAAUGGUGUCAUUGGUUUUGCAAAAGCAAAGGGCCCAGCAGUUGCAAUUGCUCUUCAAAAGGCCUAUGAAAAAUGCUUUCAGAAUCUCCAUUACAUUGAGCGGCAUGAAGAACAUACCAUUGCACAUGCAGUUCAAACAAAUUAUAAAAAGACAAAGGUAUAUCUCUGGCCCGCACCUACUCAAACAGGAAUGAAAGCAGGCAGAACUGUCCAAAUAAUUCUACAUUUAGCUGGUUUCAAGAAUGUGAAAUCAAAGGUUGUCGGCUCAAGGAAUCCUCAUAACACAGUUAAGGCUGUAUUCAAAGCUCUAAAUGCGAUUGAGACACCAAAGGAUGUCCAGGAGAAGUUUGGCCGAACUGUUGUUGAGUCAUACCUACUGCAAUAGGCAUUUAUUUAAAAGGGACAAAAGGCUAUGGCAGUUUUGACGCCCUGUGCUCCGAAUCUGACGCAGACAUGCCGAAUGAUUGCAUUUCUUAUAAACACAUAUGCCUCUCUCUCCCUUUUUUGGGUGAUUUUAUUUUAUACUUUCUUUUGCUGUUUGAAGUCAGGGAUAAUAGAUUAUAGAGUAGGCGAUUGGAGGUUAUUGCUGUGGAGGAUGCUUCAAAAUCAAUUCCUUUUCCCAAUCCUACGUUUUGUUGGCAGCAAACAUGUAUGAUACAUUUUUUUUUUCUUUCAAAGAGCUGUUGUUAAUGAAUUAAUAGUAACAAAUAAUGCUAAUUUGCCCUCUCGAGUGCUUAUGUCA